AUGGUGUCAAUUCAAACAAUUCGGGAACAGUUUGAUGAACUAGGUAUAGAACCAUCGGAUGAAGUUAUAAAUAAAUGUAUCGAAAUAUGUAACAACAACGAUAUUACCGAUCCGAUCGAGUUUGUAGAACAAUGGAUGGCGUACAGCGUAUCGAAAUUAAGUGGUGCCGAACCAACGGUUUCUUAUCUGAGCGAAAUGGAAGCCCACGAGUACACAAGUAAGGUACGAAAAGCUAAGAAGAUGUCUACCAUUGCUGCAGCAGCCGGCAACGUUGGCGCAUCUCCGCGAAUGGACACCAAAGUGUCUAAGAUAACAACUUACCGCAACGUUGAUUCUGUUGAGCAAGAUGUGCUGGAAAUGUAUGGCUGCAUUACACCAAAGAACAAAAAAUCAACGUCACGCUUGCAACAUAAUGUGAACACGCCGGACGGUGUCAGAGGCGGUGGAAGUCCAUUCACAACCGUCACCUAUUCACCAAUAUCUGCUUCGUCCAAGAAAAAUGAUCCAAAUGUACCGAGCAAAGCUGGACAGGUCGUGUACACUUAUGGCAGUGCCAAGUUACUGAAACAAUUCCAAUGGUUACCAGGAUCAGCCACGACCGGCGAAAUCAACGAUUCCAUCCCGACGGUCGACGAUCAAGAUGAUGUAUCGUUGGGUGAUCGAAACAAGCGGAGUAUUGUCGGUGGUGGUAGCCGUGGGAAAGGUAUAAGCUUUGCAAUGAACGCGUCGAAGUUUGCUAACGAUGGAAGCAAAUACAUGUUUGACACGAGCUACGAUCGUGUGAUGAUCCUCGGUGAUCGCAUCUACGAGUGUGGCAAUGCCAUCUGUAAACGGUUGGCGGUAAAAACAAAGCAAUCAAAGAUGCAGAAACAGGAACAGGUCGAAGCCUCCAACAACGAGACCGAUUCUACACCUUUGGAAGCGUCUAAUAUUGUGAAAAAGGAACCUACGGAGGACGACGAAACCGGAAAUGAUGGGAUGGAAGAGGAGAAAUUCUGCAACUGGUUCGAUGGCGUUAAGGUACAUCAUGUGGACUAUCCUAGCUCGGAACCCGUUCGUGUACUGGGGAGAAUUGUUGCCGAAUCGUCCCUUAGUACCAGUGUCGCCACCUCGGUAAGUGCUGGUGGUCGUAAUCAGGCCAGCAAACUAGCAAUCGUAGAUUUCGAUGAGCAUACGCUGCGGUACACCAGGCUCGAUUUGAGUAAGGUAAAGGUCCCUUCGUGGUGGUCACUCUUUCCCGGACAAACCGUGCUGUUGGAAGGCAUAAAUCCGCGUGGAUUAAUGUUUUCCGUGAGCCAAAUACAUUGUGAGCGAACGCUGAUGCUUCCACGCACGCCAACAAGCCUGGACAAAACUCUGACGAUAGUGAUUGCGAGCGGUCCGUUUACGGAUAGAGACGAUUUACUGUACGAGAAGCUCUCCAAUCUGUUGGUCUACUGUUCGAACAAUCCACCGGAUGUGCUGAUCCUUACCGGACCUUUUGCCGAUGCCAACUGCAAGCUGUACGCGGAAGUUGCCGAAACGUUCGACGAAUAUUUCGAGAAAAUCAUCGGCACGAUCAUGAACACGGUCGGUGGGCAGACGGAGGUGUUUGUAGUCGCCAAUCAUGACGAUUUGGUGAGUUCCUUUGUGUAUCCCACCCCACCGUACAAGGUGGCAAGCUUCUACAAGAAUUUACACUUCCUGCCCGAUCCGUGCCUGUUCAGUAUCGAGGAUUUGGAAAUUGGAGUUACAACGGUUGACGUAAUAAAGCAGCUGAUCGAAAGUGAAUGUACUGCUGCGCAUGUAGCGAUGGGUUCGGCUGCAUCUGCCGGUGGCGAUAAAAUCAAGCGUGCGUACGGUCAUCUUUUUCAUCAGGCAUCGUUCUACCCGCUGAAUCCACCUUCGGAGGAUGUGCCGUUAGAUGUGGAUAUGCUCAAUGAGUUUGGCCGGUUGACCCGGGUACCAAAUGUAAUGAUUUGCCCAAGCGCUCUUAACCGAUAUGUGCGAGAAAUUAAUGGUUGUGUUUGCAUAAAUCCUGGCUUCGUCGAUGGCGGACUUGCUGCAGACGGUUCGUACGCAAGAUUGAUCCUUCAACCGCCAGAGAUUGAUAAUUCAACCGUCAUACAGCAGCAGAAAGAUAAUCCAUCUACCGGUUCUUCUACUACUACCCCGGGAACUUAUAUUGCUUGCCAAUUAGUGAAAACUUGA